CAAUGCCACUGCCACCACAACACUUUUGAGAACUCGUGUUCACACUCGUGUGUCUGUCAGUGUAAUCACUUAUGGUCUAAACGUGUCGUUGUCGUCAUUCUCGUCGAUCGUGUGUAAAUUCUCAAAAGCCGUGUGUUUGUUUUUUCCAAAUUCCAAAUUUUAUUUUUAUUUAAAAAAAAAGUAAACAUUAGUGUUAACGUUUAGUUUUAUGUUAUCAAAUGAGUGAAUUGUGAUUCUUACUGAUAAGAAAAGAGAGUAGAAAAGAAAAAAAUGCCGUUUUAUAAGGAAAAACUCCUGUCACCAGGACAAUUGAAAAGACUUAGUGAACACAAAUAUAGUUACACGAGUGCAAGUAUUCUUGACGCAUUUCUACAACCCUGGUGGGAAUGGCUUGUGAGAAGAGUUCCAAUUUGGCUUGCACCUAAUCUUAUUACCACCAUUGGCCUCAUGGUCAACAUUUUCACGACUCUAGUUCUUGUUUAUUACAGUCCCGAUGCCAAAAUCAAGGCACCACGAUGGGCAUGUUUUUUGUGUGCAGUCGGCCUUUUUGUCUAUCAAAGUUUAGACUCGAUCGAUGGAAAACAAGCUCGACGAACAGGAACUUCUUCACCUUUAGGUGAACUUUUUGAUCAUGGCUGUGAUUCCAUUUCUACAGUUUUUGUGGCAGUCUCGGCGUGUAUUGCCGUUCAAUUAGGUUUCCAUCCAACCUGGAUGUUUUUCCAGUGUUUCUGCGCUAUGACACUUUUUUAUUGUGCACAUUGGCAAGCGUACGUUUCAGGUUCGUUGAAGUUUGGAAAAAUUGACGUCACAGAAGCACAAUUCACAAUCAUCGCGAUUCAUCUCAUCUCAACGAUAUUUGGACCGGAAAUAUGGAUGAUGGAGAUACCAUUUAUAGAAGGUUUUCAGUUUAAAUAUUUGAUAGGAGUGAUGACAAUAAUGGGUGCAUUGGCAAACUUAUACACAAUGUUCUCGGUGAUUUUCACCGGCGGAAUAGGGAAGAACGGUUCGACUGUUGCCAUCCCAAUUCCUGGCCUGAAUGUAACAUUGAAUCAAGGUGUAAUGGUAAUUUUUACCGCCGGCUUUCUACAACUUUUCAUUCAGUUCUGUAAAGUCUUUGAAUCCGGCGGGGUCGGAAAAAAUGGAUCCACCACUGCCUUGCCAUACACUGGCACUGAAGUGAAGGUCUUUCCAUUAUGGGGCGCAGUGGGUGUCGCCGUUUUACUCGCACUGAACAGUUUGUCCGUCAUUCUUGCCGGUGGUGUCGGAAAAAAUGGCUCCACCGUCGCAGGAACUUCCGUUUUGUCGCCGAUUAUUCCAUUGGCCUUUGUCGUUGUACCGGCUUUCAUAAUAUACAGAAAAAGUGCGGAGCACGUUUACGAAAAUCAUCCCGUACUUUAUAUUCUUGCGUUUGGAAUGGUCGCCGCCAAAGUUACAAAUCGUCUCGUUGUUGCGCACAUGACAAAAAGCGAGAUGAAAUAUUUUGAUAGUUCACUUAUUGGACCAGCGAUGUUGUUCUUCAAUCAGUACUUCAAUUUCUUCAUCAAGGAGUACUUUGUUUUGUGGCUGUGUUUUAUAUGGGUGACACUUGACUUGAUGCGAUAUUGCUCGCAAGUAUGCAUUGAAAUUUGCGAACACUUGAAUAUUCAAUUAUUCAGGAUACCAGUGAUUGAUCAUCGCACAAAUUCACAGCAAGCGGAGAAAAACGUGAAAACGGUCGUGGAGAAGGAGAAAAAUCUAUUGAACGAGGACAAUAGCGGCGGCGAUACUUCCCUCGAUCUUUGAUAUUCGGAGUUUCGCAUAGUUAUAGAUGACGAGAAUUCAAAGAACUCUUCAGAUUAAAGAAGAUUUUAAUAAGCAAUAAUUUUUUUGCUACAAGUAUAUUUGUAAUUUUUUUUUCUCGUUUAAAUUCGAAAUUUUGUAAUUUUUAUAUAUUUAAAAUACAGCAACGAAAUUUUUUACGAAACAUGAUUCUUGAAAUAUUCACACAACAAUAAUAAUAAUUUUAAU